GGCAGCGACACGAUCACACGAGCUCUCUCCUCAGAACCAACCCGGAUCGCGUGCCGAGACCAAUUGCCGCCAAUGGGGCUGUGCCUGUCGAGCGGGGCGGCGGGCGAGGCCGCGCGGGCGGCGGCGGCGCCCAGGGACACGGCGCUGGUGCUGCUGCCGUCCGGGGAGCUGCGGGAGUACCCGCGCCCGGCCACGGCGGCGCGGGUGCUCGAGGACGCCUCCGGGGACGACGGCGGCGGGUGGUUCCUGUGCGACGCGGACCGGAUGGGGUUCGAGGGCCCCGUGGCCGCGGUCGCCCCGUCCGAGGCGCUCCGCGCGGGGCAGAUCUACUUCGUGCUCCCCGCCGCGGCACGCCGCCGCGGGCUCGGCCGCGAGGAGGUCGCAGCGCUCGCCGUCAGGGCCUCCGCCGCGCUCUCCAGGGCCGCCGCCGGGUCGGGCGCGGCCGGGAGGCGGAGCCGCGGCGCCGUGGCGCCCCUCGUCUUCGCUCCGCCGGAGGAGCAGCAGGAGGAGGCCGAGCGGACCCUGUCCUACAAGGCGGCGCCGCAGCGGAAGCGGCGGCCGGCCGCGGCCCGCCCCGGGAGGCGGCUCGAGCGGUUCGCCUCGGACCUCACGGCGAUCCCUGAGGGCGAGAUGGGCAGUGAGUGAGCAGGGACCUGGCCUGGAUGGCGUGAUCCGAUCGCCGCGGCUGGACGAAUCGAAACUGGACUCGCCGUGCCGGGCUGCCGAACCCCAAUCUGGAAGCAGAGGACGACGGCCAUGGAGAGAAAGAGCCAAGCCCAGAUGGGCCCCACGCGGCGGCGCGCCGCCUGAACUUGUGACCGGACGGACGGACGGACGGACGGAAUUGAGCUGAACCAUAUCGGUUGGGAUGAAGGAAUUCGGGA